AUGUCGUCGUUGUCUCGCAGAGCCUGUUACAAAUGCGGAUCUAUCGGUCACUUUGCCGAAGUUUGUUCAUCGGCAGAGCGCCUUUGUUACAACUGCAAGCAGCCGGACUCUCAGGAGCUGGUGGUGGGAGGUGCUACUCAUGCGGCAACCCAGGCCAUCUGGCCAGAGCUUGCCCUACUCAGGGAGCUGGUGCCGGAAGGGGAGCUGGUGGCUUCCCCCGGGGCGGAUAUGCUGGAGGUUUCCCUCCUCGAGGUGGAUUCCCUGGGAACCCCCGUCCUGCCACUUGCUACAAGCCCAAAUCACUAUGCUAGGGACUGCCAAGCCCAGGCAAUGAAGUGCUAUGCUUGUGGAAAGUUGGGACACAUCAGCCGGGAUUGUCAAGCACCUAACGGUGGUCCAUUGAGCACUGCUGGAAAGUCGUGCUACAGAUGCGGUGAAGCCGGUCACAUCUCUCGCGACUGUCCUCAGCAGACGAUUGAGCAGCCAGACCAGGCUCCCGCUGUCAACUCUACGGUUGUCGCUUAA